AUGGUGCGCCGGCGUGUAGACGAGCCCAACAUGAGCGACAACCUGCUACUGGUGAAGGUGGAAGACUUAAUCAACAUGGCCAUGGGGCCGGCUGAUAAAAACGUAGUCAAUUUUAAACUAGUGCAAAUGGUGCUGCAUAUCCUAGCGAGGAAUUUACGUAUGCUCGAAACUCAAGUGGAGAUUAGAAUAAGCGAAGCGGACGAGCUAAGAGAGCACAAGAGGGAAGAAGAGUCGACAGAGAGCUCUAAGAGUCCCGGCUCGUCGGCGCGCGGGAGGGUCCACAUGGAGGGGAUUGAGGAACACGAGGAACAUGGGGGGAAGAAGGAUAAACAUAGACACAAGGCAGGAAGAGAAUCUUCCAAAGAUAAGGAAGAGAGAGCGGCUUCCAAGGAAAGGGAAAAGUCUGCAAAAGAACAUGAAAAAGCUGACAAAGCCGCCGCUAAGGAACGUGAGAAGGCAGAAAAAAAGGAACAGAAAGAAAAAGAAAAAGGCCGAAAAAAGCUGCAGCGAAGGCGGAACGGGACGCCGCAAAAGGGACGAACAAGAACGACACAAGGAAAAAUUGAAAAAGGCCCCACAACAAGAACGGAUUCACACACUCGAGUGGGCAGUAUCGAGGUGGUGACCGUCUCUCAGUUCGAGCUGCUGGAGUCGGCCGUGAAUCAUCUGAAGACGUUGACCGGUCCGCUGCCGUCGCCCGAGUUCCCCGACAACAAGAAGCUGAUGGAAGACAUCGCCAACGGCACGGCUUCCCUCACUGAUAUCAUGCAAGCAAUGCAGGUGACAGCGCGAAUUAAGGCAGCUGAACAGGCGAUCGGGCGCAUGGCUGAUCUGCUCACGCAACUAGCAGCCGCGGGGGCCAUACCUGAGGAGCUGGUGGAAAUGGUGGAGGAAGUGAGGGCCGAGGUCGAUGAGGUCGCAGCGGCGGCAGGGAUGGAAGGCGAAGAGGGCGAGGAAAUGUCGAUGAGAUCCCGACCGUCUGCUGGUCGAAAAUCGGUCGCGAUAGAGGCGAUGUCGUCUCGUUCGACGGCCAGACGUGACAUAGACGCAGGCUCUGUGAAGCACGCUGGCUCCGAAACAUCCUCGGCUUCCAAGAUGGUUCCCAUGCCGCCAGUGUCACACAGGGAAAUGGACGACGCCCUUCAUGCUCUGAAAGAAGAUCUGAGCAAGGCAAUAACUUUAAUGACCGGGAAAGCCACUACUGCUGCAGAAAACGCUUCCACUACCGCCAGAGGAGUUGCUGAGAAGUUAGAUGUGGCAGUGAAGUUAAAUUCGCGGAUCUCCACACUGUACUCCCUUGUCAAUGAUUAUGCUGAUCAGUUAAAUGGAUUCGACACUGGACUUACCACUCAGAUGACAGGCUUUAAAGACCAGAUGAGUCAGAUGAGGAGCGAACUGAAGGCUGGUAUGGCGCAGCUCAGUCAGGCCGGAGGGAAUUCCGAGACUGCUGCUGUGAUGGAGCUGACGGAGAGGUAUGACCUGCUGGUGGUGGAGCUGGACGCCGUCCUACACGAACACCAGGCGCUCUCGUCGUUCCAGAAACAGCUCGGCGACGAAUUGCACAGUCUGGUGGAGUGCGUGGAAAUGUUGCGCGAGCAGAAAGCCGAUCGUGAUGAAGUUCAGGACGGGCUGAGAGAUAAGGUGAGUUUGGAUUAAAUAUAUUUUGGACAU